GCAGUUGCAGCGGUCCAGACCGGGACAAGGGCGACGGAGGAGCACGAGCUGCACUGCGUCCACCGGCCGGGUCAGUGGACAGAGUGGGUGGUCCAACAGUGUGUGGACGGUACUGAGCUCUGUCCACCGGAGCCGACCACGGCGGAGGCGGCGAAUAUCAGAUGGAGAUGACAGAUGUGCGUGAAGACCUGGUCGCCCUUCGCCGGGAGGUGUCCGCCCUUCGUGAAGUGGUGGCUGCCCUUCGUGAAGAGAUGUCCGCCCUUCGGGAAGUGGUGGUCCCCCUUCGUGAAAAGGUGACCAUUCUGAGUGAGGUAAUGGCGAAGGACCAUUCGGACACGCAGAAGCUCAAGGCGGAGAACGCCGCACUUCACGGUGCGGUGGUCCGCCUGGAGCAGGCAGUGGUCGAGGAGCGGACCACUCGCCAGACCGUGGUGGAGGAGCUGCGGCAGGAGGUCCGCCGGCGAGCGGCGCCAUCCGGCCGUCCCCAGGGUAAAAUUACAAAAGCGUUUCAUGACGUCACGGUACAGACGGAGCCGCAGCCAACGGCAGACAGUGAUACCACAGUGCUGAGAGAGGCGCUAAGGACCGUGACGACGUUCGACGCUCCGUCAGCCCUUGGCGAAGACCAGCUGACGGCGCUCCUGCAGAGUCUUCCCCGCUUGGAGGAGCUGACCGUCAGGGUCCCGUCCUUCGGAACGGGGCGGUGGCUGCGGCUGCUGCCGACGUCACUGAGGACGCUAUACGUUACCGGGCCGGAGGUGACGAAGUCGAUGUGGCCGGAACGGUACGGGAGUGGUCUGUCGGUAUCUCUCCAGGGGGUGGCUGCCGACACCAUCAGUCACCUGGCCACGGAGCUGGGGUCACGGAUUACCCUAGUAGUCACAGAUGCACAAGUUACUACUAUUCCAAGUCAACUUCGUGGUGCCAUCAUCAGGGUGGGCCCAAACACUAUUAUCCUUCCGGCCGGAGUCGGUGACAGCGAGCUGACGGAGCUGCGGAGCUCACGGGAGACUGUGGAGCGGCUGUCAGUCUCCGCCGCCGACCUCCCGCGACUGAGGGAGCAGCUGCCGGAGGGCCUCGAGCGCCUCAAUGUCAGAGGGCCGGAGGUGACGGAGCCGAGGUGGCCGCUAUGGAACCCGUUGGGUCGUCUAUCAGUGUCGCUCCAGGGGGUGACUGCCGACACCAUCAGUCACCUGGCUGACCUGGGACGGACGGUCACAGGACUGGAGAUAUACGACUGUCCUGAUCUCACGGCCAGCAGCCUGGAGCCCCUCACAAGGUGCCGUGGGCUGGAGCGCCUAUCAGUCACCGCCGCCGACCUUCCGCGACUGAGGGGACAGCUGCCGGAGGGUCUCAGGUGCCUCAAUGUCAGAGGGCCGGAGGUGACGGAGCCGAGGUGGCCGGAAUGGGACGAGGAUGAUGGUCUGUCAGUGUCGCUCCAGGGGGUGGCUGCCGACACCAUCAGUCACCUGGCUGACCUGGGACGGACGGUCACAGUACUGGAGAUAUACGGUGAGCAGCGGCAGCACGGACAGGCCGCUGAUAUACGAGCUCAGCGAAUGGCGGCCACCGAGUAACGGUGUUCCGUU